AAUUAGCAUACUGAGUCGUUAGCUGCGCGGCGCUGCGGCGGAUGGACCGGACGAACGCAGCUGCGUGAGAACAAACGCACAUUUCCCACAGACGAGAACUCCGCGGGUUCCGGGCUCAUCUCGUCGGGAUCCUCCUGUCGUGCGCCUGCCGAGGAGAUGGGGGACAAGGCGGGCACCAGAGUUUUCAAGAAGUCGAGCCCCAACUGUAAGGUGACUGUUUACCUGGGGAAGAGGGACUUUGUGGAUCACCUGGACCAUGUUGAUGCAGUGGACGGCGUGAUCCUCGUCGACCCCGAGUAUCUGAAGGACCGGAAAGUCUUCGUCACACUGACCUGUGCGUUCCGUUAUGGCCGUGAGGACCUGGACGUCCUGGGUCUGUCGUUCAGGAAGGAUCUGUACAUCUCCACCUUCCAGGCCUUCCCUCCGGUGCCUGAGGAGAGGAAACCAAACAGCCGACUUCAGGAGCGGCUGCUGAAGAAACUUGGUCAACAUGCACAUCCUUUCUACUUCACUAUUCCUCAGAACCUUCCCUGUUCAGUCACUUUACAGCCCGGACCAGAGGACACUGGGAAGGCCUGCGGCGUGGACUUCGAGAUCAGAGCGUUCUGCGCCAAGACGAUAGAAGAGAAGAUUCACAAGAGGAACUCGGUGCGUCUGGUGAUCAGGAAGGUUCAGUACGCUCCAGAGAAGCCUGGUCCUCAGCCGAUGGUGGAGACGACUCGCAGCUUCCUGAUGUCCGACAGAUCCCUGCACCUGGAGGCGUCUCUGGACAAGGAGUUGUAUUACCACGGCGAGCCCAUCAGCGUCAACGUUCACGUCACCAACAACUCAACCAAGACCGUCAAGAGAGUCAAGAUUUCAGUGCGUCAGUAUGCAGACAUCUGUCUCUUCAGCACGGCCCAGUACAAAUGUCCAGUGGCUCAGUUGGAGGCCGAUGACCAGGUGUCGUCCAGCUCCACCUUCUGUAAGGUUUACACUCUGACCCCGACGCUCGACAAGAACCGAGAGAAGAGAGGACUCGCUCUGGACGGAAAACUCAAACACGAAGACACCAACCUGGCCUCCUCCACCAUUGUGAAGGACGUCACCAACAAAGAGGUUCUGGGGAUCCUGGUGUCCUACAGAGUCAAAGUGAAGCUGGUCGUCUCACGUGGAGGAGACGUGUCGGUUGAGCUGCCCUUCAUCUUGAUGCAUCCUAAACCUGUGGAGGCGCCGCUGUCGCGCCCUCAGUCAGCUGUGCCGGAGAUGGACCCGCCCAUCGACACCAAUUUGAUAGAAUUCGACACAAAUAGCAGCAUCUCCCAGGACGACGACUUCGUCUUCGAGGACUUCGCCCGCCUGCGACUCAAAGGCGCCGUGGACGACAAGGAAGAGGACUGCUAGGAGCUCGUCCAGCCCGCCAUCCGCUCGCUUCAGACCCACCACACACACGCACACACACACACGCACACACACACACACACACACACACACACACACACACACACACACACACACACACACACACACACACACACACACACACACACACACACACACACACACACACACACACGUUACAUUCCCCGGUGGAGGGGAUGGAUGAGGGCUGUUUGGACGGAGGCCAUCAGGGGCUGGGUGGUGUUCUCUCCUCUCUUGCUUCUGCCGUUCGUAACGCCAUUGCCAUUUCCCCCCUGUCAUCUAGCUCGGUCUGGAUCGAACAUCUCUGCUGUUUGUUCGUAGUCAUGACAUUCGGGUGUGGGCGGGGCCCCGAGGGCGACGGAACGACUGAGUGGCCCGAAAAUAGAGAGCGAGAGAAAAAGACGUGUAGGAGUCACAGGAAAAGGAAGAAGCAGCAACGUUCGUCCUCUUUUACUUUGAAAAUCCUUCUGAACGUCGACCGGUUCCCGCGGCGACGCGCGAUCGAUCUCCGUCUUGUACAAACAGGAUAUAUAUUUGAAACAUAGAGAGAUACUCUUGUACGAGCGGGUGAGUUCGGUGGCGAGCGCAGUUUUCGUCUCCACGUGAAACACUGUAGAUGCUUUUUAUGUCGCGGCUGCAAAGGGAGGAAAUGCGCGCGCACACACACACCUAACACACACACACACACACACACACAUAACACACACACACACACACACACACACACACACACAGUCUUACACCGGCGACUGAAGUUCGAUUUCACCAGCAUCCACUCCCUCGCUCUCUUCGCGCUCUGAACGUGAACGACCCGCCCCCCUUCCUUCCUCCAUUUUGUAAAAUAUUUGUCACUUUGUCGGCGGCACUGUUUUGUUUAUUUUCUUUAAUUCCCACUUUGUUCAGAAUCAUUCCAGCAUCGAUGAAGUCGUUCCAUUUAAUUUAAACCGUCAAGAAGCAGAAGAAGUUUGGAGGUCGUCUAACAUGAUUCAGAUUAUCAUGACUGGAUAUACAAAAUGGCCGACACGUCUCUACUUCCUCCCGUUGUACAAAAAUGUAAAGCUUAGAUGUUUGGAUUCUGGCGAUAAGGACGACCUGAAAUGACAGAAACCAUUUUGGGAAACGUUUAUUUACGAUUCCUUUAAAAAAAAAAAAGUUGAUUUUUUUUUGUUUGGUCCAUGUCCCAUCUGCUAACAUGGAGGGGGCGGGGCUUAUGACCUGUAAAUACUUUGACUCUAGUUUCUCAGACUUCAUGAACAGACGAUACCGAUCAGUUGAUCAAUAACCAGUGACGGGUUUUACGUUUUCGUGGCGUUUCUACAAAAAAAAUGUAGAAAUUCACCAGACUUCUCUUCACGUCUCACAAGAUUUUCAAAUCGGGUUUCUGACGUUCGUCGGUCUGGUUCCAGUUCCAGUUCCGUGUUCAUGCAGAUCACGACUUGAUCACGUGAUAUAAACUCGUCUGUCGUUCCGAGCUGAGCCGUUAAGUUGAGUCAAACUUCGUGAGCUCGUUCAAGGGAAACACUGGUUCUUACUUUGUGGUUUAUUAUCAUCUCUGUUUCUGCCGGAUCAAUCAUGUUGUUUAGUAAUUACUGUAAACUGUUUUGUGCCUUUUUUGUUUCACUCUUUUUUAAAUCUCACCAUCGCCGAUAGCAACAUGUUUUUAUCACCGAUGCAGUUUGUGAUGCGUUUCUUGCCGGGGGGAGUUAUCGUAAAGUUGAACUCUGUAAACCGAUUACAAAUGCAGAACGCAAAUUGUUGUAAAUUGAAAAAAAAACAAAACUUUUUACGUCUGUAAAAGUUUGAUCUAAUUUUAAAAUAAAAAAAUUGUUAUACUAGUUAAAAUUACAUUUUGAUCUAUAAAACUGGUUUAAAUCUUGUAAUGAGACAAAACAUAUAGAUUUUUUGUCAUUUGAUGCCUUUUGUCAUGAAAUUAUUUUCUUGGAAGUAUUUUUGUAAAGUUACGAGUUAUUUCGGUGAUUAUGAGCUAUUACAUUUUGCCUUGUACGACACGUUUAUCAUGUUUUGUUAUUUUAAAUAAUAACUUUAUUCUCACGACGCCCUCACGUUGUCUUUGGCUUUUGGAAAAGUCACUGAUGUUUUUUUAAUUUCCCUAACGAUGCCGCCGGCCUUUUCCAUUAAUCAUCGAUGCCAUUUAACUAAUUAUUUUUCAAAACGGUGCCAUGAAAAAAUCCUCAGCCAAUGAAAAUCAUGAAGUUGUUUAUUAUUUUUAUUGGUAUAAACCAAAUGGCUCCAGUGUUUCCCUUCAAACCUUCCUCCUCUCUUCCCGCCCGUCGUCCAUAUUUCAAUUUUAUGUUCUUCAGUCAAACUCGGGACACGAUGUGAAGGUCUUCAGCAGCGCGGGGUAUUGUUGAUAUAAUUCUGAUUAUUAAUAUUGUUGUUAUUGUCCUGGAUGAUCAGAUCUUUUCUCCGACGGCUGACGACAGUUCAGUUCACGACAUCCGUGCGUCGGCGUUGAGUUUUUGUCUUUCUUCUCGUGGACGUGUCAGACGACCGGAGCACCGCACUUUCACCAGACCAACCACAGAACUGCAGACUUGUACUUUUUAUUUUGUUUCAGGAAGCAAAGAGGAAUGUUGACCUUUUUUUCUUUUCUUUUUUUUUAAUGCCUGCACGUUUUUUCUUAACGUAAUUCUCAGUUGUGGUUUUUUCGUAAGCUAACGUGACUCAUCGCGUCGUCAAACCACCAAACUUUUAUUUUCUAAAACUCAAAAAACCUGCCAAACUCCCUCCCGCCCUCCUUCCCUCCUUCCUUCCUUCCUUCCUUCCUUCCUUCCUUCCUUCCUUCCUUCCUUCCUUCCCUCCUUCCUUCCCUCCUUCCUUCCCUCCUUCCCUCCUUCCUUCCUUCCUUCCCUCCUUCCUUCCUUCCCUCCUUCCUUCCUUCCCUCCUUCCUUCCCUCCUUCCUUCCUUCCUUCCUUCCUUCCCUCCUUCCAUCCCUCCUUCCUUCCUUCCUUCCCUCGGUCACUGAAGCUGCGAACCAGAAGGGAGGAAGAAGAGGAAACCGACACAGAGCAUGUUUUUUUAAAUUUUAAUUUAAUUUAAUUUUUUUUCCAAGCAGUGCUGUGAAUCGUACGAGCUGUGAUUCUGUCCUUAUUUCGUUGUGCAUUUGUGGGGUAACUUUGCUAAGUGUGAAAAUAUUUUGAAAAGUGCCACGCCCCCCGGCCUGAGCGAUGCUUAACCAUAAUGUCUAUAAAAACAGGUGAUGAUUCUGCCAGAACAGAUAGAAUCAUGAUUAUUAUGCUUCUGAUUAUUAUUAUGGUGACUAUUAUUAUUAUUAUUAUCUACUGUACCAUCAUUUGCAACCAUGAUUAUUCUCAUAAUCAUCUAAGAGUCUAUUGUUUUGCCAUGUAUUUUUUAUUUUGAGAUUUUUAUUUUAGUUUUCUUUUUAUUAUUAAAGGUAAAAUGAACUAACA